AAAUUAUUCACACGAAUUUCUUGCUUAUUCUACUACUACUACUACUACUACUACUACUGCUACUACUACUACUACUACUACUACUACUACUACUACUACUACUACUACUACUACUACUACUACUACUACUACUACUACUACUACUACUACUACUACUACUACUACUACUACUACUACUACUACUUAUACAGUCUUUAAAAAAACACAAAAGUUAACAUUUCUAAUAUCGGAGGCAAACAACAAAAUGAUACUUUAG